AUGGGAGAUUUGGAGUUGGGCAUGAUGGAGUACCGCCCACUUGGGCCUGUUCUAUUUGAGGCGGGCUUAUUGAGUUUGGACUUCCAGCUUCUUGGAUAUGUCAUUGCUCCAUUCCUGAAGCCAUUGGAAACAAUGAAGGCAAAGCACGGCGAAUUAACCAUAGUUACGGAACAUGUAUCGAAAUUCGAGAGGUCAUCAGGAAGCGAGAAAAAGCACAGAACCACGAAGAGCCCUGAAGAAGAUUGCUGA